CAAGAAUGUUAUGACGACGGCAACGAGUUUUGCUUCAAUCAAAACGACAUACUUUCCGUGGAUCUUUUACCUGGAUCGUUUUUAUUCAACGAUCAGUACAAAAACAACGUUCCUAAAACAGUGAUAAACGAAACCGUGGAUGGUUCAUUCGACAGAGCCUUAAACGAGAUGGAAUAUCAUAGGAAAAGAAUGAAUGAGUAUCUUUGUCAUGGCUACAUAGCGGAAGAAAUUUUUAAAGAAGUGAGCACUCCUAGAGUGAAGCGACAUCCCGAAUCAUCGUCAUCCAAUUUAAAUCACAACUUCUUAAGCGACGAUAAUGUUACAAUACACGAUAAACUUUUAGCGGAUGAAGGAAGCACAAAAUACAAAAACUGGUUGCAAAGAAUGACGACACUAAACGAUGUGUAUCGACAUUAUGCGCCUCAUAAAAUAAUAAAAAAGAAACAGGAUAUUCAGCACGAUGAUAUUGAGGAGUUCGAUGGCGAAGUGACGGGAUACGCGAUGCAAGCUCCUCUGCCAUCGAACGGAAAAGUUGGCAUUUAUGAUCCCUCUCAUGAAGAUGACGUGCUACCAUCAUCAACGGGACAUCAUGCUUUUCAUUACGGAUCUUUGCUUGGCCAUCAUCACGGUGGUGAUCACUAUGGACAUCAUGCUGACUUCUUCCCAUUUGCUCACGAAGAAUACUAUUAUCAUCAUCAAGACCAUGAAGAGGAUCAUAAACCCUCUUAUUCCAAGGGAAAAGGCAGUGAACUCUCGCUUAAGGAAUUCUUCGAAAUUGCACUCACAGCACUUGCAUUCUUAUCAUUCGGAUUAUUCAUUAUUCAGCUUAUAUGUAAUGCUGCGGUAUUAAAAAAAUUUUGUUUUAAAAAUACGUACUUCUUUUCUAAAAUCAGUAGGCGAAGGAAGAGAGAUGCGAUUUAUCUUUCCUCAUCUACCAUUAGCAACGAGGACUUGAACGAAUUAGCCCAUCGCGUUUUGAGGUCCAUCGAAGCCGCAAUGGUUGCCGAAGCAGAUUCUGGUAAUUGUCUGCGCAGGAUACUGUGUGAAGAUAAUCAAUACUCCAAAGAAACUAAAGAUGAUCGCAGAAUUUGGAUUCCCGUUUGGAGCUUGGGCAUGAGUUGGUUGUCGGGUAGAAUGCUGUACAGGACUCCAUGGUCGGCAAUGUUGGAUUCUGUGAAGGCAUCCAUUCUAGGCUUGGGUGGAAUCGAUUGCGUCUCUUUCUACCCGGAAUGCGAUCUCGAGAGAGAAAGGAUUAAAAGGCGUCGUAGAAAAAAGAAAUAA